AUUCUCAAUUUCUCAUAGUUGUACUUGUAUUUCCUGUCAUUCGUUUGUAAUAAAUUAUAGUAUUAAGUUUUUAUCUUGUCUUUAAUAAACUAAUGUUAUGGGUUCUUCCCAAAGCACUGAAGUUCCAGGAGGCGGCUCGGAAGGGUAUCAUGUUUUACGGGUUCAGGAUGGCUCUCCAGGUCAAAUCGCCGGACUUGAAGCGUUUUUCGAUUUUAUAGUUGCAAUAGAAAAUGUUCGAUUAGAUCAGGACAAUGACACUUUAAAGGAAUUACUUAAGAAAAAUGUUGGAUGCACAAUAAAAAUGAUGGUAUACAGCAGUAAAAGCCAAUCCGUGAGAGAGAUAAUGAUACAGCCUAGAGCAGACUGGGGUGGCCAGGGGCUACUUGGUGUCAGUAUAAGGUUCUGUUCUUUUGAAGGAGCCAAUGAGAAUGUGUGGCAUGUUUUGGAAGUACAUCCAUCAUCACCAGCAGAGUUAGCAGGAUUAAGGCCAUUCUCUGAUUAUAUAAUUGGAGCUGAUUCAAUCAUGCAUGAAAGCGAAGACCUAUUCACCCUUAUAGAAGCUCACGAGGGAAGGGCCCUGAAGUUGUAUGUGUACAAUAUUAAUGAUGACACAUGCCGUGAGGUGCUCAUCACCCCCAACUUGAGCUGGGGGGGUGAAGGUAGUCUUGGUUGUGGUAUAGGUUAUGGCUAUUUGCACAGAAUCCCAAUUAGAAGUGCCCCUGUGGCACCAAGUCAAACACCAUACACCAAUACCCCUAAGGUUCCAUUACAAUCUCCCGAAAUCCAAAGUAACUUGGUUUCUGACAUACAAAAUUUGAACCUAAAUGAAGACAAGACUCCUUUGAUGAGAGCACCUCAAGCUUCUGCAGGUGUGCCAAGUGUGUCACCACCACCGUUCUUGUCUGGAGUUCCAAUGGUUAACCCUGGGAGCUUUCCUGCCAGCAAUGCACCACCAAGCAAUCAGCAUGAGCAGCUGAGUCAACAGCCAUUACUACAGCACUACCCAACUUCUCAAGCUCACUCAAUGGUUUCUAAUAUGGCUGCCUAUUCUAGUAACUUGGCUGACACAACUUUAACGAAUUUGGGGAGCAUACCGUCAGUGUCAAACAUGCAACCCCCCGCGCCAUUGCCGAGCUUGCCCGGGAUUCCCAUGAACCAGCCCCAGCCUUACAUACCGAUGAUGCCUAACUACACUCAGUCACAAGUGCCCCCACCAGUUCCCAUCCCUCAAACGGCUCCAAACUUAGUCCCAACGUUUGAUAUGAGUACCUUUGCGCCCGUUCAACCGCCGCCGAUGUCGAGUGGGCUGCCAGUAGUUACGCCCGUGUCGUUACCAGGGAUGCCUUCAAUCACGGUCAGUGCAACACUGCCUGUCUCCACGAUGCAAGAAAUACACCACCAACAGACAUUACAACAACCAGACUUACUGUCGUGAAAAUACACAAAUUUAUUUUACAUUAAGUACGCUGUAAAUCAAAUAGAAAUAUCGACAAUUUUACGCAUACUUUUAUGUUACGUUAUUAUUUUAAUAUAAAUAUUAUUAUUUAUAAAUUAAUUCUGGCAA